AUGAAGAGGGAGACACAGCCUUGCAUGACGCUGUGCAGUAUCAUCACCUUGAUGUGGUCAAGUAUAUUCUACAAGAAGACUCUUGAUUUUUCAUAUACCACCAACAUAGGUGGGGAGACUCCACUUUAUAUUGCUGCCUGGAGAGGAUAUCACGACUUGGUUGCAGUGAUUUUGGAACUAUGCAAAUCACCACCACCUGACGGUGGCCCGGAUGGAAGUACAGCUUUACACGGCGCAGUAAUUUUUAGAAGUCAAGGGUGUACUAGAAAAUUAGUGGAUUUGAACAAAUCUCUAGCGAUGGAAACAGAUGAAAAUGGAUAUAGUCCACUCCAUUAUGAUGCACUAUUUGGAGAUUAUCCUUUUAUGGCAUCCCAACUAUUAGAUGCGGAUAAUUCUGUUGCAUAUCUUGUAGACAAUGACAAGAAUAUUGCUCUUCACAUAGGAGUUAGCAGAGGUGAUUAUCAUCUAGCUAGAAAACUUAUAUUAAGCUGCCCAGAUUGUAGUGAGAUGGUAAAUGGUAGAAGACAAAAUAUUCUUCACAUCGCACUGGCGUAUAAGGAUGAUUUCAUGGUAGAAUGUAUCCUCAAAAACUGCAGAGGAAUCAGCUCUCUUAUGACACAGAAAGACGAAGAUGGCAACACACCUCUCCAUUUGAUGGCUACUUCUAAUCUCAAAGUCCGUGAACUCAUAAAACAUGCUAUGACGGAUAAGGCUGCCUUAAACAAGCAACAUUUUACUCCCCUAGACAUGGUAGCUGAAGAACAUGGUGAUUUAUGGGUAAGGAUGAUUGACUUUUGUCUUAUGUUUAAGGAGUUAUGA